GAAAAGAGUUUGCUCUGCUGCUUCAUACACAAGAACUCUUCAGCUCCUGCAGACGAUCCCAGAUACACUUCACCAUGUAACUGGGACAGAAAGCAAAGGAGGUCUGAAGAAUGAACUCAUGCUGACUGGAUGUGGCUGUGUAAGAGGAUACCCUGCUUCCUGUAGGCUCUCUGCAGACAGCAGGACCUGGGAUUCUUGGAUCAGCCUUCUCUCUCAUUUUCUGUGCGUGUGUGUAUUCAGGAAAUGAGGUCUCAGCUGAACCCUGCAUCCUCAGAUCCAUCGGAGAAGGAGGGGUCACCAUGAUGAACAGCAUGCUUCCUCAAAGGAGAGCUGUCGUCACAAUGGCCUACAGCUCAGACUGUGUGAAGAUUGAGCAUGGCAGCAGUGGGUCCGUGGGCAGGACGUUGCUGAGGGGCUCCCGCUCAAAGGCAGAGCUUCAGGAGCUGAUGGAAACCCUGCAGCGCAGGAAGAGUGCUCUGGAAGCCAGCCUCAGGGCGGCCGAGUGCAGCCGCAAGUACCUCAGUGUGCCUUCAUCUCCUGGGGCCCAGGCUGCCAGGCCCCUGUCAAUCCUCAGCAGUGUGGACCGCCCCCCAUCUGUCUCCAGAAACUUUUCUUACACUACCACCAGCAGUGUGCCUCCAUCACCACGUCAAGGCGAACGGCAGCUCAACUCUAAUGGCUUGUUCCGUAAUUCCCACUCCCGUCACCAGUCACAAGACAGUCUGCUGCUCUCUCAUGCAGAAGACGGAGGCUCCGUGUUGUCCUCCUACAGGGAGCCAGGGCCUCACUCUCCCAGAGUCAAAAGUGGUGCAGCCAGUAUGCCGUCCAGCCCUCGAGUAGGUCGCAGGAUCUACUCCCAAGGCAAAGUUGGAGGAGACUCCAGACAGAGGAAAUACUCCACCGGCUCGCUCAACAGUCUGGGGAUGCACAGCCGCUCUUUGCCACGGCUUCACAAUGCAGCAGACCCCCCUACUCUUUCACUGCCCUCACGUCACUCAGUGGGUUCCCACAGAGCAGUGGUCUCAACAGGACAGAGGCGCAGUCUUUCCUCCCUUGAGCAGCCGCCAGAUGUGACGGUACCAGCCAGCAUGCCCAGUACACCCAGGAGGUCCAGCCUGGCUUCUCUGAACUCUCUGGGGAUUGAAGUUGAUGGGACAGUCACAGAUCUGGCCUUUGGAGAGAGAAGGUUGUCCUUUGGGAAGAGCACGCUGAGUCCAGGGCAGAGGGUGGGAAGCAUCAGCUCUCUGAAUGGCAAAGAGGAGCUGAGAGACUACCACCAGCACCAGAGAGACGAGCGGCUCAGGGAGCAGAAAGUGCAGAGAUUGGAAUGCCAGCGUCUAGAGACCAUCCUAAACCUGUGCACCGAGCUGGGACAGGUGGCAAGAGAGCCAACAGGAUCAGCUGUUUCUGACCUGCAAAAGAUCAAUAAGGAGUUGGAGAAGCUGCAGGUGUCGGACGAUGAGUCUGUGUUUUCGGACUCUCCUAGCAGUACUCCUGCAGAGCGUCAGCAGAGCAGCUACAGAGAAGCCAGAUCCCACUCACCUGCCAUCAGCCUGACCAGCAGCGCCCCCUCGCCGUCUACACAUCACAGAGCCAAAGCCUUGGAGAUCGUGCAGCUGAAGCAGGAAGUAACUCAUAUCGAGGAAGAAAGAAUUCAAGUACUGAACAACAUAGAGGAGCUGGAGCAAAAGAUCAAAGACCUGGAUAACCAGAUGGAGGAGUCUCUCCGAGAGGUGGAGGUGGAGUGUGCUCUCCUGGAUGGAGAACAGGAGUGUGAGAUGGCCCAGCUUCAGAGGGAAAAGGAGCUACUGGAUGAACUCAAGGGAAAAAUGCAUAACACUGAGCAGACAAACAAUAUUGAGAAAUCUAAGAAAACUGAGGAGCAGUCGAAAAGUCUGGAGGACUUGGAGUUUCAGAAGCUGGAAAGAGAAAUUAAGCAGGAUGAGGAAAAAGAGAAUCAAAGCCAAGAGCUGCUGCGAGAGAUUGCUGAGUGUCAGCGCCUUGCUGUCACACGCAAGGAGAGAAUCGUGGCUCUGAAGAAACAGUCCUCGCAGAUUACUCUGCAAGCUCAGCAAGAAAGAGAGAAUUUCCAGAAAGAGAAAGACAAUUUGCUCAUCAUGCUUCAGAAGGAGAGAGCGAAACUGUUGUCUUUGGAAGGAAAGUAUGCAGAGCUGUCUGAGGGACAGACAUUCUCCAACAAUCCAAAAGAGCACUUGCAGUCCCUGAAGGAAAGGAGAAGAAUCACCAAAGAAAACUCUCCCCACCCAAGUGAGAGCCAACCUCAGAAGAGGAACCAACAGAUCCUCAGCUCUUAUGGCAGAUCACUGGGUCGCACGCUUCCAAAGGCUCACCUACCUUUAUCCCAAAGCUCCAGCUGUGGCAGUGUCAUCCCACAAGGCUUCAGCUUCUCCCCUCGGGACAUGAGCAGCCGCCGGCUGACCAAGAUAGGCAACAGUCAUGCACACGUGAAUGAAGAUAGACAGAGACAAAGUGACUUUUGCAACAGAAUGGUAUCCCAACCCAACGUGUUCCUGGACUCCUUCUCUUACCGGGAGAACAGCCAGACCUCAGAUACCGUCAGUGUGGACAGCUCUGACAGCCUGGAGACCAGCUUCUCGGCCUGCUCCCCAGACAAUAUCUCCAGUGCCAGUACUUCCAAUAUGGCAAAGAUUGAGGAGAUGGAGCGUUUACUCCGAGAGGCUCAGGUUGAAAAGCAGAGACUACUUGAGCAUCGGGAGCGAGAGAUGGAGAUGCGCAAACAGGCUCUGGAAGAGGAGAGAAGAAGAAGGGAGGAACUAGAGAAACGACUACAGGAGGAAACAAGCAGGAGACAGAAACUUGUGGAACGAGAGGUGAAGCUCAGGGAGAAACAGAGAUCAAAGUCUCGGCUCUUGACGCGCUACCUGCCUUUAAGAAAGGAUGACUUUGAUCUUCAUGGCCACAUUGAGGCGGCGGGACACAACCCAGAUGCCUGUUUCCAUUUAGCCAUCACAGAUAAAACGUGCAGAGGAUUCCUGGUCAAAAUGGGAGGAAAGAUCAAGACAUGGAAGAAGCGUUGGUUUGUCUUCGACCACAAUCGCAGGACCCUCACAUACUAUGCAGACAAACAUGAGACUAAGAUGAAAGGAGUCAUUUACUUCCAAGCAAUAGAGGAAGUCUACUAUGACCAUCUGAAGAAUGCACAUAAAAGCCCCAACCCAUCUCUGACCUUCAGCGUGAAGACCCACGACCGGGUGUACUACAUGGUGGCUCCGUCUCCUGAGGCCAUGCGCAUCUGGAUGGAUGUUAUUGUAACGGGGGCUGAAGGCCACAUGCAUUUCAUGGUGUAACAGCUCGCGCUUCAGCUUUAUUUUGGUAACAUUGAGACAAAUGAGAACUCUGUCCUCAUCAGUGUAAAAGCAAACACCUGCAGAGCUGAGAUGGAUUUUCAUCAGGUCAACAAAACAUUGGUUUAUUUACCUUUUCAGUUACUAAUGAGCAUGAGGACAAACUGCAUGCUUUAUAAUGUAAUUGUUCAUAAAAAGGUGAGAGGAACUGACAUACGAUUUUCAAAAUUAAGCUAUUUAGUUUCCCUCUUUAUGUUAAAUGAGUAGCUGAUGCAUUACUUGUUGCAUUUUCUGAGUUUCCUCUUCUUAGUACAUCUAAUGCUGCCACAAACUCCUCUCUUGUUCAGUCAAGUUGUAUCAGGUAAGCUUUAAAAUGAUCAUUAACUCAAUAUCUGCUCCACGUCUAAUCAGCACUGCAGGCUCACUCUGCUUCGCAAAAGUAAAUAUACAGUUGUGUGAAAAAGUGUUUGCCCCAUUCCUGAUUUCUUUUUUUUUUUUUGCAUUUUUGUCACACUUAAAUGUUUCAGAUCAAACAAAUUUAAAUAUUAGACAAAGAUAACACAAGUAAACACAAAAUGCAGUUUUUAAAUGAAGGUUUUUAUUAUUAAGGGGAAAGAAAAAUCCAAACCUGCAUGGCCCUGUGUGAAAAAGUGAUUCCCUCUAAGUCUUUUCCAGCGCUGUGGAGGAAUUCUGGUCCACUCAUCUUUGCAGGAUUGUUGUAAUUCAGGGGGGGGGGGGGUGACAUCCUGCUAAUCCAGGACGCGAGAACACACAUGGAGGCGCACGUCCAGCACUGGAAAUCUGCAAAAAAAAAAAAAAAAAAAACAGAACAGAAACGAAACCGGCACGGAACCGGCCAAAACACGAGCAGCAACUGUCCCACGUCUCGAGCGAAGCUACCGCGAUUAACUAACUCCAAAAACUACAGAGCAAACAUACAGUUGAACGAGCCGAUGUAUAUGUCUAUAUGUGUGUGUGUGUGUACAGUAUGUGUACAGCUAUGCGUGUGUACGAGUAUGUAUGUAUGUAACAAGAUGUUUUCAGGCAAAACUGAGACGAGCCUUUAUGUUCUUUUUGCUCAGCAGUGGUUUUUUUUUUUUUUUUUUUUAAUAUUUUUAUCCCGGUUUUUUCCCCAUUUUAUCACCCAGUGCUCCUACCUAACAGUCCAACCAACCCCGGGAGGGCCCUGCACUGAGCUCAGGUCUCCUCCUUAAACUGAGGAGUGAGCAGGCCGCAUCUUUUCACCAGACAGGGUGGGGCUUCUCCGGCCGAACGUAGCGCGUGGAAGGAUCACGUUAUUCCGGCCGGAUCCUCCCCACCCCAUCUGGCGCCCCGGUUGGCCAGAGGGGGCAUGUAUAGCCCAGGACUGUAUGCAUGUUUUUGUGAGGGUAGCUCACAUUAGCUACCCAGGGAACACGGGGAGAAAAUUGCAAACUCCACACAGAAAGAUCCUUUCGCCAACCCCACCCAGGGUGUGGGCACUGAAGUCAUGGAGGAACUAACACGCACUUCAGCGCCCACAGCAUCCCCGGCGGGAAUCGAACCCAGGACCUUCUUGCUGUGAGACGGCUGCACUACCUGCUGCGCCACCGUGCCCCUUUUAAGCAGUGGUUUUGGUCUUGGAACUCUGCCAUGCAGCCAUUUCUGCCCCGUCUCUUUCGUAAGGUGGAGUCAUGAACACUCAUCUUAAUGGAGGCAGGUGAGGCCUGCAGGUCUCUGGAUGUUGUUCUGGGUCUUUACUGACCUUAAUGGAGCAGGUGAGGCCUGCAGGUCUCUGGAUGUUGUUCUGGGGUCUUUUCUGAAUCUUGGAUGAGGCGUUGCUGCUCUUGGGGUCAUUUUGGUCGGUUCCUCCUGGGAAGGUUCACCACUCUUCCAUGUUUUCUCCAUUUGUGGAUAACGGCUCUCACUGUGGUUCGCUGGAGUCCCAAAGCUUUAGAAAUGGCUUUGGAACCUUUUCCAGACUGAUAGAUUGAUUACUUUGUUCCUCAUUUGUUCCUGAAUGUCUUUGGACGGCAGCAUGAUGUCUAGCUUUUGAGGAUCUUUUGGUCGACUUCACUUUGUCAGGCAGGUUCUAUUUAAGUGACUUCUUGAUUGAGAACCAGUGUGGCAGUAAUCAGGCCUGGGUGUGGAUAGAGAAAUGGAACUCAGCUUUCCAAAGAUGUGAUAAACCACAGAUAAUUUAUGUUUUAACGGGGGGCAAUCACUUUUUCACAAGAGCAAUGUAGGUUUGGAUUUUUUUCCUCCUUAAUAAUAAAAAACUUCAUUUAAAAACUGCAUUUUGUGUUUACGUGUGUUAUCUUUGUCUAAUAUUUAAACUUGUAUGAUGAUCUGAAACAUUUAAGGGUGACAAACAUGCAAAAAAAAAAAGAAAUCAUGAAGGGGGCAAACACUUUUUCACACAACUGUAUGCUCUGCCACUUUCUCUAAACUGUGGCCUUUUGUGUAUAUUGGACAAGUUAAAACCAGAGUUUACCUCUGUCUAUUUGCUGCCUUCUUCUACGUCCUACUUCUGCUGGACUCCAGCUUUUCUGCAUAUUUUUUUCAGUUACCGUGUUUGUUUUUCUGUGUACAGCUGCAUCUUAAAUACCAAACAAUCACCUCUGUAUUUGUGGUUGCAAGAAUGCGCAUUUUUUUAAAUUCAGCUUCAUGAUUUCUGUUAUUUUUUGUUGAAAUUAACAUGUUAUAUAUUUUGCUGCUUCCAGACUACCACUAUAAGCUCAUUUUGCCUGCUUGACUCAUAGCAGGAUUGAAUAUCCACCAUCAGUAUUUCUAUUUACAGAGGUACAACACUGCUUAAAUAACAACGGUGCUGCAGUGCAGCUAGCUCCCUCUGUCAGUGGUGGAAGCUGCAGGCCCGACAUGAUGAGGCCAUGUUGUGCAGCAUGAAUAUUGCAUGUAUUGCGUCACCCGUGUGCUUAAACUGAAGCAUUUCCUUGUUCCACCAGCAGAGGUCCUGAGUGCAGAAUGAGUGUUCUAGAAUGACUUCAUGCUCUUGCUCCUCAUCCCUGAUUCAUUUAUGUAAAUGAGCAGGAACAGAGCUUUUGAUCAUUCAUAUUACUAUCAUUAUUAUUUUGCUUAGAUUUCAGAUAUGUGCAGUUGUAAGCGCAUAUAUAUCUUUAGAUUUGCUUUUUAGAAGCAAAAUGAUUGUUGCAUGUGGUAUUUGACCUGUAUAUUCUUUGAUGACAAUCUGAGUGUGUUUGAUAUUGAACUAUCACUUCAACACCGAGUUGUUAGCAGUUGGUUUACAAACUGCAGGGCUUGCUGUUUGACUUGUGACAGUUACAUGUUGGUUAACUCAAUACUGCAGUGUUACAGAUGACAUGUUGCUUUCUUGAAGGCAACAAGUUCCCUUCCUUCUUCGUGAAGGAAGGAAGUGCAUUUUCAUACAUGUUUUAUAUAUUGUAUAAACACAUUUUAUCUUAGUUGACAGUAUGCUUUGGAUUUUUAUACUCAAUCUGUUUCAUAAAUAAAUAA